AUGUAAUAAAAUAAAUUUUAGUAAAUCAAUAUUAACAAUUCCCGUAUUGUUGAUGUUCACUCGAUGUCUCACUAUAUUCUUAAUAAAAUUUUAGACUCUUGCGAUCUAUUAAUAUAGGAUCAUUAUAUAGUCAACUCAAUUCCUGCAUAUACAGGGUUCACAAUAUUAGUACAAUUAAACAACUUGAUUAAACUUUAUAUUGAUAUUCCACAGGAAAUGUAGGUUAGUCAAGAUAUUGAGCCUAUUCCUUCAUUUAAGGAUAAUUAUUCAGGGACAAUUCAAAUUCAUGAUAAAAAAAAAGAUAUAGAAAAUAUUUGUGAGAACUAAAUUACAAGAUCAACUAAAUUUUUAAGAUAAUCAUCUUAUAGAUUUAAAUCUAAUUCAGUUAGUAUCAUUUUAAUGAAUAAGUCAACUUAAAAAAAAAAUACUACUAAGAAAUAAAGUAUUGAAGUUGUUAAACUUCAAGAACCUGAUUAAUAAAUUGAUGAAAAGGAGCAAUAUUAUAGAUAUCAACAUGAAAUAAAAUGCAAAAUGCUUGAAUAAAUAGCUAAGUAAAUAUAUUUGUUGUAUAUUUAGAAAUGAAAAAAAAUAAGAAGAAGAAAGGAUGAAAUAGAAAAAUCAAAUAGAUUUUAUGAAAAAAUAAUAAAACUAUAGUAAUUGUGGAUAUGAUUAUGAUGGAUCGAUUUUACCUUACAAUAAACCAUUUAUGAAAGUUAAACUUUAUCAUUUGUAAUCCAAAAUUUUAAAAAAGAAAUAGGAAAGGAAGAAAAAAAAAGAUUUCAAAGAUCAAAUUGAAAGUGUAUGUAUUUAAAAUUCAGCAAAAAUUGAUAUUUAAUAAAGUGGUUAAUAGAAGUUUGAUGAUAAUUUAAAGCAAAGCUAAAUUUAUAGAGUGGAACCUAAUUUUGGUCGUAAUUUAAAUGGAUUUAGUAAGAUUGAGAAACUUGACAUAUUGAGAACUGAUUAUUCAUUAAGAAUGACUAAAAAAUAGUAUUAAGAAACAUAAGACAUUGGAUUUACAAAAUCUUAUGUAAAUCUGCAUAAGUAACAUACAAUUUCUGAAAAUUAGAUUUCGUAAAAUUAUUAAAUUGAAAAUUUCAAUAAUUAUCAAGUAAAGGUUGGAUCUUAAAGAGAGGGAGAAAUAAAAUAUCAAUAAUAAUAAAAUUAUCAAUUUCUUUUAACAGAGCCAGAGGUUGACAGGGAAAUUAAUUUAGAAAGUGACAUAGAAGGUUAAAAAAAAUUGAUAAAAAAGAGUUAAAAGAUAUUAUAAAAUACUUAGCAAUUAGUAUCUUUUGUAAAUGUUGAAGGAAAAUUACCGACUCUAAGAAAAUCUUUAAAAAAUAGGAAAAGCGAGAAAAUAGAAAGAUCUCACACUCAACAUAAUUGA